CGUGACGCCGCGUGAAGAGGUUUGUUACCAAAAAUAAGGAAAAUAAUUGCGCUUUCCCCCCCACCCGCUGGCGGUCAAUGUGCUCACGAAUAAAUAGCCGCGUUAGUUAAUUUCACAGUGGGUGAGAAACAUAACCGUGUGCGCUGCGAUAACUAUACACGAAAAGUAGCUUUGAUGAGUGUCCAAAGUAGUGGAAGUUUGGAGGGGACGCCAUCUUUGGUUCCAGCUCUCCACGUCCCCAACACGGACUGUGUUUUCUGCUACAAACCACAGCAGGGGUGAAGGCCCGGGAAGGUACCAUGGAGGAGCUGCACAGCUUGGACCCCCGUAGACAGGAGCUCCUGGAGGCACGUUUUAUGGGCGGCGUUGGCGGCAGCACUGGCGGAAGCAACUGCAGCACGAGUGGAGGAACCAAAGGCCUGACAAAUAAUGAAUGUUCAAAUCACAGUUUUGGAAGCCUGGGAUCUUCAAGUGACAAGGAGUCAGAGACUCCUGAGAAGAAACAGUCAGAAACUACUCGAGGCAGAAAAAGGAAACCUGAUAACCAGUCAGAGAGCAGUCAAGGAAAAUCUGCUGUGCGGGGACCCAAAAUAAGUGACUAUUUUGAUUUCCAGGGAGGAAAUGGAUCCAGUCCUGUGAGAGGUCUCCCCCCAGUGAUUCGUUCACCCCAGAACUCACAUUCCCAAUCUGCUCAGGGCACCGCUGUUAGACAAAAUAGCUCUUCUCCCACUAGUUUGUCUUUUGGGGACCAUAUGAUGCAUCCAAAGCAACUAGCAGUCAAAUUUGUUCAGACUGACCUUACAAUGUUGAAAUUGGCUGCCCUUGAAAGUACUAAGAAUCUUGACCUGGAAAAGAAGGAGGGGAGAAUAGAUGAUUUGUUAAGGGCAAACUGUGAUCUCAGGAGACAAAUAGAUGAACAACAAAAAUUACUUGAAAAGUACAAGGAACGCUUGAAUAAAUGCAUCACCAUGAGCAAGAAAUUGCUCAUAGAAAAGAGCACCCAGGAGAAGCAGGCGUGUCGGGAGAAGAGCAUGCAGGACAGACUGCGUUUAGGCCAUUUCACAACAGUGAGACACGGUGCCUCUUUCACUGAACAGUGGACAGAUGGCUACGCCUUCCAAAACCUUGUCAAACAGCAAGAGUGGAUAAACCAACAAAGAGAAGAAAUUGAAAGACAGAGAAAACUUUUAGCCAAGAGGAAACCACCGUCCUCAAGCAGCUCCCAAACCCCAAACACAAACUCUGAGCCAAAGCAACGCAAAUUCAAGGUGGUGAAUGGAGCAGAAAAUGAUCCCUUUCUAAAACCAAGUCUACCUCAACUGCUGACCCUAGCAGAGUACCAUGAACAGGAAGAGAUCUUCAAACUUCGACUCGGACAUCUCAAAAAGGAAGAAGCUGAGAUCCAGGCAGAGCUGGAGCGUCUGGAGAGAGUGCGCAACCUUCACAUUCGGGAGCUGAAGAGAAUAAAUAAUGAAGACAGCUCACAAUUUAAGAAUCACCCAACGCUGAAUGAGCGAUACCUGCUCCUGCACCUUCUAGGUAGAGGGGGCUUCAGUGAAGUUUACAAGGCUUUUGACUUGAUUGAACAACGAUAUGCUGCUGUGAAAAUCCACCAACUUAAUAAGAACUGGAGAGAGGAGAAAAAGGAGAAUUAUCACAAGCAUGCAUGUCGAGAGUACAGAAUACACAAGGAGCUGGAUCACCCCAGGAUUGUGAAACUUUAUGACUACUUCUCACUGGACACAGACACGUUUUGCACCGUCAUGGAGUACUGCGAAGGCAAUGACUUGGAUUUUUACUUGAAACAACACAAAUUGAUGUCUGAGAAGGAGGCGCGGUCCAUUGUUAUGCAGAUUGUGAACGCACUGAAAUACCUGAAUGAAAUCAAACCGCCCAUCAUCCACUACGACCUCAAGCCAGGAAAUAUUUUGUUAGUGGACGGUACAGCCUGUGGGGAAAUCAAAAUCACUGAUUUUGGUUUGUCAAAAAUCAUGGAUGAUGACAACUAUGGUGCUGAUGGGAUGGACCUGACAUCACAGGGAGCAGGAACUUAUUGGUAUUUGCCUCCUGAAUGUUUUGUAGUUGGUAAAGAACCUCCAAAGAUUUCCAACAAGGUAGAUGUUUGGUCCGUGGGUGUCAUCUUUUUUCAGUGUCUGUAUGGAAGGAAGCCAUUUGGCCACAAUCAGUCCCAACAGGACAUCCUGCAGGAGAACACCAUACUCAAAGCCACCGAUGUUCAGUUUCCUGUCAAGCCUGUUUCAAGUAAUGAAGCAAAGGCCUUUAUUAGGCGGUGCCUGGCGUACAGGAAGGAGGAUCGGUUCGAUGUUCUUCAGCUGGGAAGUGACUCUUACUUGCUCCCUCACAUGCGCAGGUCAAGCUCUUCUGGAAACCUACAGAUGAACGCCGCUGGCUCAGGACCAGCCUCGUCCAGCAUCGUCUCAUACUGACAGUGGAGCACUGCGGCAGACAGCACCCUGACCGCGUGGAUUCCAAUCUUUUUGAGCUGCUUGGACACUCUGGCUUUUCGAAGAAAGAAAAGCCGGCUUUAGUGCAGCAGUGUGCAUGUGUGAGGAGGAAAGUGGUAGGAAAACUUGACCUGCCCUCUCCAUCUUUACCCAAGCUUGAUUGACGAGGACGGUGAAUGGACUUUUCAAAGAACCUGGAUAACAAUAGGCCUAUAUAAGGGUCUGAUAAGCACUGAAAUUGACAGCGUACUUUGAAGAAAUUGUGACUGGACUCUGCAAAUAGCUAAAGCCUUAAAGGGCCGAAGGGAGACCUGGCGGCAGCCAGCUGUUAAAAUAAUUAACACAGGCCUGCCAGGGUGCAAACGAUUCAGCUGCUAGAAAUUAAUUUACUGUAAGAAAACGGUCAGUGUAGAACUCCAUUGAUUUUACCAUUAAUGUGGCUAUUUUUGUUUUGUUUUCCCAGAAAUUGUUAGGCUUUGACUCACUUAGCCAUCAGAAUGUAACGUGUAGCAUACAAGUGGCACCUAGCAACAUGUAGGUCAGGGCAACAAAGUAAUCUUAAAUGCACAAAGUAACCAAACUUUAAAUAACAAUAAAAAAAAAAAAAUCCUAUGGAGGAAUAUUAACCAAUACAUUGGAAACUGUAUAUGCUGUACAGGUGAAUUUACAAAAAGUUGAAUUGCAGUAGUAAGUGUACGGUUUAAAAUUUUUCUCUUGUAAAACUAGCUUCCCAGAGUGUUUUUCAGAGUGUUGCUUUGUUGCCCUUAUCCAAGGGCUGUAUGUUUCACUUCGGGUACAGAUUGUACAGUUCUGAAAGUGAAUAAUAAAUACAAAUUCUUCCGAUGA